AUGUCGGCCAAACAUCUUCAACACUUUAAAUGUGUCGACGAAGACAUAGUAAUCAGUGGAAUGUCCGGCCGAUUCCCAGAGUCCGACUCUACCGAUGAAUUUGCCGAAAAUCUAUACAACAAAGUGGAUAUGAUUACAUUGGAUAACCGGCGCUGGCAUCCAGAUUUAUAUGGAAUGUGUGGCCGAAUGGGCAAACUAAAAGAAAUUGACAAAUUUGACGGUAAUUUUUUCGGUAUUAUAAGCACAAUGGGCCACACAAUAGAUCCCCAGUCGAGGAUACUAUUAGAGACCACAUAUGAAGCUAUUGUAGACUCAGGCAUAAAUCCUCAGAUACUACGGGGUUCAGACACCGGUGUAUAUAUUGGCUACUCGUCCUUUGGUAUGCCCGACGGUAUCCCAGAGGAGACACAGCCCGACUCGCAGAACUCUAUGGCCGAAAUAUUGUUGUGGGUGCCGGGAAACUCCAAGUGCUUGUAUGCCAAUCGAGUUUCGUUUGUACUCGACUUUAAGGGACCAUCACUGGUCAUAGACACGGCUUGUUCAUCAUCUAUGGUAGCUUUCAAUGUAGCCAUGAAUGAUCUAAGAUUAGGCAAGUGUCGUCAGGCAAUAGUUGGCGGAACUAAUUUAGAUCUACAGCCCUUUACAAACCAUAUAUUUCAGUCGACUCGACUCAACUCUAAGGACGGUAUACCAAAAGUAUGGGACGAAACCGCAGAUGGCUUUGCCAGAGGUGAGUGUGUUUCCUGUCUUUUCUUGCAACGAAAGUCCGAUGCAAAGCGUAUAUACGCCACUGUUUUGAACACUGGUGUCAACAUUGAUGGUAACAAACGAAUGGGAAUGUUCUUCCCGUCGUCCGAGAGUCAGGAGGAACUGAUGAUUCAGGUGUACAGAGAGGCCGAUAUUGAUCCACUUGAUAUCAACUAUUUUGAAGCCCACGCCACCGGUACUAAGGUUGGUGAUCCACAAGAAGCCCGAGCCAUAUAUAAUGCUUACUGUGGUAAACCUAAACGUCAGGGAACACUACCUAUUGGUCUAUUGAAGAGCAACAUCGGUCACGCCGAGGGCGCCUCCGGUGUGUCAUCUAUUGUCAAAGUGUUAAUUGCUUACGAACGAGAAUCUAUUCCGUCAUGUCUUCAUCUGAAUAAUAUUAAGCAAAAUAUUAAAGACUUUUGUCCACCACUGGUGCCCGUAAAUGGAGAUAAUCUCAAAUAUACUCCCGGCAUUGCUGGUGUUAACAAUUUUGGUGUGGGCGGUGUUAAUGCUCACGCAUUGCUUGAGCCCAACUACAAACUGGCAGAUGAGGACAGUCUGAAAAUUGCGGACACCAUUCCUCGUAUUAUCAAUGUUUGUGCCCGAACUCAGGAGUCGCUGAACCUUAUGUUUGAUUUCUUCGAGCAAAAUCCGCACAAAAUAACUCGCGAUUUCAUAGCACUCAUUACCGACACAAUGAAGACUAAGUCAUCAAUAAAUUCAGCCGGUCUUCCAUAUAGGGGCUCAAUGAUUAUAAAGCAAGUGUUUGACGAUAACAAUGAGACACACUAUGAGUACAAAAAACAAUUAUCUCUGCUGUCGCUGAAAACCCAGCGACCCGUUUGGUUUCUGUUUCCCGGUCUCGGGGGCCAAUGGGUGGGUAUGGCGCGGGCACUAAUGGCUAUCAAACUGUUUGCCGACAGCAUCGAUGAGUUUCACGAAAUACUCAAACCUUUUGAUAUUGAUCUCAAAUAUCUGCUUUUGUCGGACGACUCAUCAUCAAUGUUGACGAUGACCAACAAGUUUAUCGCCACCACUGCCAUACAAAUGGCGUUAUUUGAUCUGAUGAUUGCAUUAGGUAUAGUGCCGGACGGUAUUAUAGGUCACUCGUUUGGCGAGAUUGCCUGCGCCUACGCUGACGGAUGUUUGACAGCAAACGAAGCACUAAUGGUUACCUAUAUUAGAGGUAUGGUUACUGAAGACAAUAAAAAGAUACCGAAAGGUUUGAUGGCAGUGGUCGGUAUGUCGUGGAGUGAGGCAAAAAAGAUAUGUCCGAAUGGGGUCAGUGUUGUCUGCAAUAAUGCAAAGGACACUGUCGUCAUGUCUGGUUUAUACGUUGAGAUGAAAAACCUGGUCGAAGAACUCAAUAGAAAAGGUAUAUUUGUUAGAGAACUGCAAAGUCAGGACAUUCCCUAUCACAGCGAAUAUCUGAUAACAUCAGCAAAAAGGAUGACCAAUGAGAUCAAGAAAUAUUUGCCGAAACCGCGACUCAGAUCACGAAAAUGGAUUUCGACGGCACUGUUGGACACGGAAUGUGAAGACGUAUUGCGUUACGCGUCGGCCGAGUAUUUUGUGCAUAACCUCAUUAGUCCCGUCUAUUUUUACAAUAAGCUGAAGAAUUUGCAAACAGACGCUAUUGUGGUUGAGAUCGGACCGCACGCACUGUUCUCUAAGAUUGUGACCCAAACCCUGGAGAGCGCAACCUGUUUAUCGUUUAUCAAAAAAGACUCGAAUGACACCAAUCUGGACAUGUUUUUGACUUCAUUGGCCAAACUAUACGAACUCGGUCUCAAUCCUGACAUCGAAAAUCUAUAUCCAAAAGUCGAGUGGCCAGUGGCCAGAGGCACUCAAUCGAUUAGUUCGCUACUACAGUGGGAUCACAAACAGUCAUACUUUGUACGAAAAUUUCCCGAUUAUUAUUUCCGGGCCACGGCUUCGGACAUGAAUGAGGUAAUUGAUUUGCAGCGCUCUAUCAAAUCAUAUUUGCCGGACCAUAGUAUUGAUGGCAAUAUAAUAUUUCCGGCCACCGGUUACAUGAUGUUGGCCUGGCGUCAAAUGGCCGCCUAUCACGGCAAAAUCUGGAACCAAUUGCCUGUAGUAUUUGAAGAUAUUCAGUUUCGGCGUCCGGUCUACUUGUCAGAGACUGACGCUACCCGACUAAAAGUUCGGUACUUUCAACAAUCGGGCGAAUUUGUAAUCCUAGAGAACGGUAACGUCACGUGUUUGGGCCGAAUCCGGUCAUCCGAAGACUACACUCUAAGCGUACAAAACAUUUUGCUCGAACAGAACGCCAACAAAGAUCACUACGAAGUGGUCUUAGAAAGCGAAGACAUUUACAAAGACCUGCAUAUUCUUGGCUAUGAUUACGGACCUAAAUUCCAAGGCUUGAAGUCUAUUAAGACAAAUAACUUUGAAAUAUUGGACGGACAGGUACUCUGGAAUGGCAAUUGGGUCACAUUUAUGGACUCACUGCUCCAGACAAUGGCCGUCGCCAUACCGUUUCGCAAAAUGAUGGUACCGGUGAUGAUCAAACAGUUGCGUUGCGAUCCUAAAGUUCUGUACGAAGCGGUGGCCAAAAAUAAGAUUUCCGAAGAUAAGUCCGAUUUGGACGAAGAUAAGGCUUACGACAAUAUGAUGCAAACUGAUGACGAAGACGUCGAAGAGAUACUCGACGCUAACAAUAUCGACAAUAUUGAAGAGCUUAUCGGUCAGGACUUCCAUAUAUACAGAUCGGUGGUACCAUUUCACUUGGAUAUGAACUCUCGUAUGAUUGUGGCGCCCGGUAUUGAAGUGGAAGACCUGAUAACACUGCCCAUACCGAGAAAGACCAAUGUGGCCGACUUGAAGCUCGAAUCGUAUCAGUUUGUUCCCAAUGAACAAUCCGAUGAUGCAAUCGAUGAAAGUGACAAAACAAUAAUCAAUGAGUAUCUGAAGGUAUGUUCAACAUUAAUAGCAAAAGCCAAAUAUUUAUUCAAAACAGAUCUGCCAUACGUACCGAAUACCACGGAUGAAGAAUUGGUUUAUAAAUAUUUGAAAGACAUGAAAGAUAAUUAUAUUUUGCUAAAGACUAUCAACGAUUUAUUGAAACAAACAAACGAUGAAAAUCAAAAUCCAUCAAAUGAUCUGAUGAUGGAAUCCGUUAAGAAGUUUUUGUUUGAACUCCAGAUGAAACCCGAAUACGAUCUGUCUCUUGAUGUUAUAAAUCAAGUUUCCAGAAAUGAACAUCUGAUCCGAUCGCUGGUAGACAUUGUUAGUGAGUGUAAUGUUCCCAAAAAGGAGAUCAAAGUAUUGGAAAUCAAUUUGACAAACAGUCUGUUGGCCGAAGAAGUGGACAAUCAUUUGGCUUCGUUUCAUAUCUACCCGAUUAAUGUCAACUACAAUAUUGCGGUCAAAUCGUCAUUGCAUGAGAAGUACAGUCAAAAGACGUUCAAAAUUAGCGAAUGGGACUAUAAAAGGAUAAGUUUUCCGUCAGAUAUGAUACUACUGCCUGAUUUGGUCAUACAUUACGACUCUCUGGAUUUAUGGGAUCUAAAUCUCGAAGACUUUAUUCAGGACAUCUACGAUGCAGUUGUUUGCAAAGGAUUUUUGAUGUCUGUAUUUCGUUACAAAUAUACGGAACCCGAACUGGCGGUCAUUAAUCUGACCGGUAAUGCACCGACUAAUGCACAACUCAAACAGCGUAUCGAUAACUUUAAGUCUGUCGCCGAAAAAAUUGGAUUCUUAACCAUUGUUCAUAAGACCGACGGCAUCGGUACGUUGGCUGUACUAUUUCGGCGCAUUGUAACCAAACUGACCAUAAUUCCCGACGAUUGUAAUGUCUUUGCUAUUGACGGCAAUCACGGCAAUUGGUUUGAAAGUGUCAAACAGCGACUUCAGGUCAAACGCGACGACGAAAAGGACGACCAGCAUCUGUGGCUUAUCGCUAGUAACACUACGCCGUAUACCGGUAUUGUCGGUCUUGUCAAUUGUCUUCGUCUGGAACCGUGCGGUAACAGUAUUAGAUGUAUUUUAAAUUUUGACCAACAGUUGAAGUUACCAAUUGAUUUCAAGACACUGCCAUUUAAUGAGAUACUUACCAAAGAUUUGGUGUUCAAUGUGAUCAGAGACGGAAAGUUAGGUACAUUCAGACAUCUGACACUCGGCCGCAACUACGAUAAGGUACUGACCAACGACUACUAUCUGAAUGUCGGACAAAACAAGGAUCUCGGAAGUCUUCAAUGGUACGACUCAAAGAAUUUAGUCCCAAAGGCAAUAUAUUAUGACAUUAAUAACCGAAAUUGUCAACAAAUCAGAUGCAAUAUCUAUAGCGCUGGUCUUAACUUUAGAGAUGUUAUGUUGGCUACAGGUCGUAUAGUUUCUGGUCCUCAAAAUCUAUUCACAGAUUGUCUGUUGGGGUUUGAGUUUGCCGGUCGUCGCACUGAUGACGGCACUCGUGUCUGCGGCUUUGAUUUGAGUAGAUGUUUUGCUACAUACGUGGACGCCAUUGAGGACUUUAUAUCGCCGAUACCUGAUCAUUGGUCAAUGGACGACGCAACUACUAUAUUGAGUACUUAUAGCACUGUAUGGUAUGGACUGAUAGAAAGGGCCCAAUUGAAGAAUUAUGAAAGUAUACUUAUUCAUUCAGCAGCCGGAGGUGUUGGACAGUCAGCCAUAACUGUGUGCCAGUAUUAUAAAGCAGAUAUUUAUGUGACGGUUGGUACUGAAGAUAAAAAGAAGUUUUUAAUGUCAGAAUACGGUAUUCCAGAGGAACGCAUAUUUAGUUCACGAGACACACAAUUCAAGUACAAAAUUAAGGCACUGACCAAUGGUAAAGGUGUUGAUCUGGUUCUUAAUUCAUUGACUGGCGAUAAACUGGACGCCAGUUACGAGUGUAUUGCCGAUUGCGGUCGCUUUGUUGAAAUCGGCAAAUAUGAUCUCCAGAUGAACAAACAGUUGGGAAUGUUUUCGUUUUUGAAGGACAUAUCGUUUAUUGCUGUCUCAAUCGAUAGGCGACUGUUUUUAGUGCCAGGUUUUGCCCAACAGUUCUUCAAUUGGAUGCACAAUAAUUCAACCAAUGGUAUGAUUAAACCGCUUAAUAGGACUGUCUUCAGGGCAGACGAAGCUGAGAAGGCUUUCCGAUAUAUGACAACUGGUAAACAUGUGGGAAAGAUUAUCAUAAAAGUUAGAGAUGAAGAAGAAAUUAAUGGUAAACAUAUGGACUUCAGUCCAACUCAGACAUUGAUGGCAACCUCGAAGACCUACUUUGAUGGUCACAAAGUUUAUUUGAUAACCGGCGGUUUAGGUGGUUUUGGUCUGGAACUGAUUCAUUGGAUGACAUUUCUUGGCGCCCGUAAGUUUGUGUUGACCUCCCGUUUUGGUGUCCGCAGUAAAUAUCAAAAGUUCAUUUUGAAUCGAUUGGAGUCUUUGGGCAUUAAGUUUGCAAUGUUUAAGACACAGAUCGUGAUCUCGACGCACGACACGAGCACCACAUCUGGUAGCAGAGAUUUGUUCAGCGAAGCCGAACAAUUGGGACCAAUCGGUGGUAUCUUUCAUUUGGCUGUUGUACUCAACGAUUGUCUUCUCGAAAAUCAUACAUUUGACAAAUUUCAAGAGACAAUCGACUCGAAGAGUACAAGUUUUGUCAAUUUUGAUCACAUAUCGAGAGAUAUGAAACUCAAUUUAGACUAUUUUGUGGUCUUCUCGUCGGUCAGCUGUGGUAAAGGCAAUGCCGGUCAGACCAGCUAUGGAUACGCCAACUCUAUAUGUGAGCGCAUUUGCGAACAAAGACGACGCGUCGGUCUGCACGGUUUGGCCAUACAGUGGGGACCAAUAGGUGAUGUCGGCGUUAUGACUGACACUGUAAUCAAUAGUUCAUUGUCUGGAAUUAUCAAACAGCGGAUCAACUCGUGUUUGGAAAUAUUGGAUAAGUUCUUGCAGUCGUCUCACGCAGUGGUCUCGUGUGUUGUAAGAGCCGAACGUUCGACAAUUGCCGGAACCAAAGAGGCUAAAAUUGUCCAUCAGAUUUGGCAGGCAAUGGGCAUCGACCCGAAGACAACACCCGAUCAUUUGACAUUAGGUGAAAUCGGUUUUGAGUCUAUGUUUGCUGUAGAACUGCAACAAGGAUUGGAAAGAGAUUACGACAUCAAAGUGUCGUUAAAUGAUAUAAAAAUUAUUACAAUAGGAAUGAUGAAGGAGUUUGAAAAGGGAAGAGUAGAUGAAAUGAAAAGAUUUGCCGAACAGAUCAAGAAUUGUCGGACAAAACUAUGCAAAGUUAAGUUCGUGAUUCCCGCCGACGUCUCCGUCCGAUUAAAUAAUGUAACGACUGGUAAACCUGUUUAUAUUUUGCCACCACUGGAGGGUAUAUUUGCAUCGCUGGAAGGUUUGGCCGAAAAGAUUGAAAGACCAGUCAUUGGUCUCAAUUGGGUUAAAGAAAUGGAAAGAAUGAGUUCAUUGAAAGAGAUUAGUAGAUACUAUACUAAUCUCAUGAGGAAUUUGGAACCCAAAGGAGAUUAUGAUAUUUUGGGCCACUUUUAUGGUGCGCUCAUUGCUAUGAAGAUGCUUAAGAAGGCACCGAUUGGUAAAUGUGUUAUCAUUGAUAUGCUUUCGGAGAUCAAAUUGGAUGAAGACAUUACAAACGAUUAUUUGAUUGAAUUGAUGUUAAAUUUUAUUACUAAAGACAUGCCCGACGUUAUUAAGGCUAAGUUCAAGCGUGACGUUGAAACUAAACCCGACGUUCCCUCGAAGUUAGACAAAAUGGCGUCCGAAUUGAAAGAGUUUUGUGGCAAAAGUCUUGUCAGUCGAGACUUGGAUGAGAUUUUGUUUAAUUCAUUCAAACGCGCGAAACUGUUUACCAUAUAUCGGGUAAAUAUGAAGAAUAAGCAAAAAAAGCUUAAGUAUAACAUUGGAUCCAAGUUCUUGACAAUGACGGGAAAGCUGUUGAUAUUAAAACCGUUCGGUAAAGACUUUAACGAUGAAAAUGCUGGUGAAGUGGUCAGCGAUAAGAUAAGAAACGCUUAUUUUCUGCCCGAAACUGGAUUGGAAGGAAAACUUAACUUCGAGAGCGUUGAGGGCACGGGUGAAGACAUACAUUCAUUGACUGCCAUUGAGAAGCUGUCCGAUGCUAUCAAUCAAUAUCUUUCUAAUAAAUAA